AUUAAGGUUAAGGUUUUGAGAGAGAGAGAGAGUGUGCUAAGUGAAGAGGGACAAAACAGAAGAUAGAGUGCGAUAAAUGAUUCAUCGUAUAAGUUUGGUGAGUACCGUGACUAUAAUAAUAAGGCAAACCAACCAAACUAUAUCAAACUAAGUUCUACAACACUUCACAUUCAACUGUCAAUCACUGCCAUACACGUGUACGGUGAUUGACAUGGAUACUCCCCUGCUAAACGGUGCGUCGGCGUUGGUGGAGGAAGACGGCGAUUAUGCGGAGGUGAAAGGGUUUAAGGAAACCAAGAAAGUUUUCAUGAUUGAAACAGUUAGAAUAUGGAAGAUUGCAUUGCCAAUAGUUUUCAACAUUUUGUGUCAAUACGGUGUUAAUUCUUUUACAAACAUCUUCGUUGGUCAUCUCGGAGAUAUUGAACUCUCUGCUGUUUCUCUCAUUAACUCUGUCAUUGGCACUUUUGCUUUUGGUUUCAUGCUAGGCAUGGGGAGCGCAACGGAGACGCUCUGCGGUCAAGCUUAUGGAGCUGGUCAGGUUCAUAUGCUUGGUGUUUACAUGCAACGGUCAUGGUUAAUUUUAUUAGGGACAAGUAUUAUCCUCUUGCCAAUAUACAUUUUUGCUGCUCCAAUUUUGAAACUUCUUGGCCAGCAGGAAGAUAUGGCUGAUCUAGCUGGAAGUUUCGCCCUUUUAGUAAUUCCUCAGUUUCUAUCACUUUCCUUCAAUUUUCCAACCCAAAAGUUCCUUCAGGCUCAAAGUAAGGUUAAUGUCAUUGCUUGGAUUGGGUUAGUGGCUCUAAUUUUGCAUAUUGGGUUGCUCUGGCUCUUGAUUUAUGUAUUAGGUUGGGGCUUAACUGGUGCGGCCGUGGCAUUCAAUGUCACGAGUUGGGGAAUUACUUUGGCUCAACUUGUUUAUGUGGUUGGCUGGUGUAAGGAUGGAUGGAGUGGAUUGUCAUGGUUGGCUCUUAAGGAUAUAUGGUCCUUUAUUAGUCUCUCCAUUGCGUCGGCGGUAAUGCUUUGCCUUGAAAUUUGGUAUAUGAUGAGCCUCAUAGUUCUUGCUGGUCAUCUUGAUAAUGCAGUGAUUGCGGUUGAUUCACUAUCUAUAUGCAUGAAUUACAAUGGAUGGGAAGGCAUGAUCUUCAUUGGAGUAAAUGCAGCUAUAAGUGUCAGAGUUUCCAACGAACUUGGACUUCGACAUCCAAGAGCUGCCAAAUACUCUGUCUACGUGACAGUCUUUCAAUCUAUUUUCAUCGGAUUUUUCUUCAUGGCUGUUAUAUUGUUUGCUAAGGACUAUUUUGCCGUUAUCUUUACCAACAGCAAGCCUUUACAAGAGGCAGUUGGAAAACUAGGAAACCUCCUUGCCGUGACAAUGGUCCUAAACAGCGUUCAACCAGUGAUUUCCGGUGUUGCUAUUGGAGGUGGGUGGCAGGCCCUGGUGGCUUACAUCAAUAUAGGUUGUUAUUACUUGUUUGGGCUUCCACUAGGCUACCUUCUUGGUUAUGUUGCAAAUUUGGGGGUUAAGGGACUUUGGGGAGGUAUGAUAUGUGGAAUUGUCCUCCAGACGUUGCUGCUUUCGGGGAUACUUUACAAAACCAAUUGGCAGAAAGAGGUGGAUAAUACAACUCAACGGGUGCAGCAGUGGGCUGGAGAAGCCGUAGAAGUUGACAAAGCAUUGGCUUCUGCAUAAGCUUGCAUGUAUCUAGUCAAAUUCAGAGAGCCCUUUUUUAUUUUUUUUAUUAUUGUGUUGUUAGUAAAAUUAGGGUCAUUGGUCUCAAUUGUUUCUUUAUCAUUUUGCUUUGUAAUGUAGUAGUUGCUUUCUUUCAAUUAGGUACUGAAAAUUGGAACAUCAUCAGUAUUAUUCUUUUUUCUCUUGCACGUGCA